AUGGCUUCAGCUAUCGUCGAGGAAGGGGAUGAUGAUGGGGAGGAGGAUACGACGUCGGAUCUACUUCCUGCGCCGUUGAAUCUCAAGGAGUCCCCUGCUGAGUGGCAGAGGCCAGCGCGGCCUCGCAGAAAGUCAGUAUCUUGGGCCACCACCAACGUCCUUAGGUCUCGCGUGGAGGAUCUCGAGGCGGAGAACAACCAAGUCCAUCAGGACAACGAGGAGAAGACCGCAGCUCUUGAGAAAGCCCACGCCGAGAACAAGCUCCUCCACGACGCCAUGGCGCUGACUUCACCGCCGGCCCAAGUCGCCGCUUUUGAGGAACAAGUCGCGACCCUGCGCAAAGGGCAGCAGAAGCUGCGCGCAGAAGUAAGGGCGCUUCUUCAGGACAAGGCGGCGCUGCACCAGAAGUUGGAGAGGGCGGCGAGGAGGUGUUGCGAGGCAGAGAUCAUGGCUGCUGACAAAGACCUCGAGAUCAAAGAGAGGGAUGAACAGUUGAGUCAUGCUUUGGAGAGGCUGACGGUGGCGGAGAAGGGGGAGAGCAAGACAAGGGGCAUUAUGACAGAGAGAAAUUUGCAGAGGUUGAGGCAGGAGUUGGACGGGAAACGCUGA